GAAAUGGAUACCCGCCAAAAUUCCAAUUUAUGUGCUUUAUUUCAAUGUCUAACCUCCCAUCUUAAAAACAAAAGUCGUCUCGCAAAAUGAUGAAGGUGAACCAGCUUCUUGGAUUCAGUGCCGUGCUGAGUGCGACGAGCGCGUUGGAAUGCUCUCCCUCAGCCAUUCAAGCGGCCCUUCCCUCGAAUGCGACCGUCAACUUCGCGCAGGCCCUCCCAGCCAACUCGACGUUCGAAGUGCCAAAAAGUGACACUGGGUAUCCUGGCAGUCCAAUUGGUCUACCAGCUCUCUGCGCGGUCUCGAUACAAGUAAAGUCAAUUGGUAACUCGACGUUCGGUUUGGGUUUGUUUCUACCCGAUGAUUGGAAUGGUCGAUUCCUCGCGGUUGGCAAUGGUGGAUUUGCAGGUGGGAUCAAUUGGCUGGAUAUGGCUCCUGGUGUUCGGUACGGCUUUGCGACAAUGUCGACUGAUACUGGACACAAUUCCUCCACCAUAGAUGGCAGUUGGGCAUAUCAGCAACCAGAGAAAAUCGAGAAUUGGGGCCAUCUGGCCAUGCAUGGUUCUACUGUAGUGGCAAAAACAGUUAUACCUGCCUACUAUUCUCAAGAAAUUUCCUUCAAUUACUACGCUGGCUGUUCGACCGGUGGCCGACAGGGAUUGAAGGAAGCAGAACUGUACCCAGACGAUUUCGAUGGUAUCGUCGCAGGCGCUCCAGCCUGGUGGACAUCCCACUUGCAGCCUUGGACUAUCAAAGUUGCUUCGUACAAUUUGCCUACCUCGGCGGAUUACCAUAUCCCACCAUCACUUUUUGGAGUAGUUCAAAAGGAAGUCAUGCGGCAAUGUGAUUCGCAAGACGGUGUGAAGGAUGGCAUCAUAUCCAGCCCUGAUACCUGCAGUUUCCGACCGGAAGAUCUUCUCUGCGGCGAAAGUCCAACAAACUCGACAGACUGCCUAACCGCCCCUCAAAUCUCUACAUUGUAUAAGCUCUACAGCGACUUCGUAGGCGAGAACCAGACUUUCUUCUAUCCGCAUCUGAACCUAGGCACGGAGAGCCAGUGGCGAAUUCAUCUGGCUUCCGAUGCACCUAACCCGCUAGGGACUGGCUAUCCACAAUUCUUUAUGGGUUUUGGUGCGGAUUGGCGUUGGCAGGACUUCAACGAAGACGUCCAGCGCCUUGCCGAUCGUACGGAUCCAGGCAAUGCGAGCGUGAAGUUCGACCUCUCCUCCUUCCACGCAAAGGGCGGAAAGAUCAUAUCUUACCACGGAAUGAUCGAUGCGCACAUCCCGACAAACUCUCUGAAAUACUUCUACAACCAAGUCGACCGCACCCUGAAGCCUCUCGGUGUCGACGUCGAUUCUUUCUUCCGCGCAUUCUUCGUCCCGGGUAUGGCACAUUGCGCAGGUACAGAUGUAGAUGCGCCGUGGUAUUUCGCAGGCCCCAACCAGGCGGGCCAGCUUGGUCCGACGGUGCACGGCGUGCCUGGCUUCGAGGACAGAGAUCAUGACGUUCUGCUUGCAUUGCUUGCUUGGGUCGAGGAGGGAGUGAAGCCAGAGAAGAUUGUUGGUACCAAAUAUGUGAAUGAAACAUUGCACAGUGAGGUCUUGAGACAACGUCCUCUAUGCAUGUACCCAAAGCAAGCGAGAUAUGUUGGCAAUGGAGACGUCAAUGAUGCGGAAAGCUGGACGUGCAAGUAUCCCUACGAGUAGAACCGUAGAAUUAUGGAGCAAUAAUACUCGUACCUGUAGAUAAAGUCAAUGGUGGAAAGCAAGGUAUCCAAUGACUAGGCGGAUGCCAUCGGGCUCCAGAUCUGGUGCCGAACGAUGUCGGCAGUGGCAG